AUGGCUAGGUCAUCGACUACCCGAGCCCAGAGCGUUCCUCGACCCGAAAAAUCACCCCAAAUCAACGAUGAAGAGGGUCCUGAAGAUGCAAGAAGCGAAGCAUCGGUCCCCUCUGAAACCAUCCCGGUGGAAAUCACCUACCCGAAGCUCCCACGUACCUCUCUAGCCGCUGAGGAGGGCCGACGAGAGUCCUUCUACGUCUGCGCAGUAGAGGACAACCCCGAUCCGAGCGCCGGCCCCCAGGGGCUCGGCGAGCAGUUGAAAUAUACGCAACUUACCCUGUCUGAGUUCAAGAAGGCCUUCAGGAAGGACCCCGAUGCCCUCUUUGACAUGAUCUUAAAGAGGGAACGCCUUUGGACAGUGUACGCCAACACUAAAGAUCAGGAAGCGCGUACCGCGCCUCCCGCUACGACUAGUGGUCACGAGCAAGAACUAGAAGCGAUACAAGUCGAGUAUGAAGACAUGAAAUUACGCCUUGAGACUGAGCGAAACAACUACGCGCACCAGCUCCUACAGAACCAGCGAAUAGCGGUCCCGAAACCCAACGACUUCGGAGGCCGACGAUCUGUUAAGAUGCCUGACGCUCCGAUCAUGGACGAUGGCAAGGAUAUGGAUUUCGAGGUCUGGAGAACCCAAGUGGAGCGGAAGCUAGAGGGCAACGCCGACCACUACCCGACGUCUACCCUCCGGAUCAACUACGUGGCCAGCCGAUGCGAAGGCAAGGCCUUGAAGCAUAUCGGCCCUCGCCUACGUAGGGACGCGCCGCUUCCGUACGAUGAUGAGACCGACCUCCUCGAUCACUUACAGGAGAUUUUCUCAGACCCGAACCGCCGUGCGAAGGCCCGAAUCGAAUACACACAGCUAAAGAUGAAGCCGAAGGACAGCUUCGAUGACUUCCUGAUCGAAUUCGCCCGCCUUGCGGAAGAAUCGGAUACCCCUAUGAGUGUUCGGAAGGAGGAUCUCUACACUAAACUACCUUACCUCCUCCAAAAUCAGGUCAUGAGAUCAGUUCACAACGACCGUGUCUCCUUCAAGGACUUCGCCUCUGAGUGCCGUGAAUGCUCACUCCUAAUCGGACAGCAAGUCUCUUCCCGUUCACAAGGCCGUACGACGAGCGGAGGAGGAAAAAGAGAAUCGACUACUGGAAGCCCGGCUAUCAAGCGAGAAGCUGGCUCGAGCCCUACCUCUACCGACCGGGUAGCCCUAUUGAAGGAAGGUCGAUGCUUCACGUGUCGAGAAAGGGGUCACCUUAGCCGAGACUGCCCAAAAAAGACAGCAGUUGCUACAGUGAACACAGAACAGCUCAUCGAGCUUGAGGAAACUACUGAGACGGGAAAAGCCUGA